CCCAGCCGCGCUCUCAAUCUCGAGCUCGCUCGCUCGCUCUCCCUCUCCCCGAGCCGUGGAAAGGAUCCCACUUCCGGUGGGGUGUCAUGGCGGCGUCUCGGACUGUGAUGGCUGAGGGGAGACGGCGCUAAGUGGGGAGAGCCACCCACAGGCGCCCUCCCCUCCCCGGGCUCCCCUUCCCACCCCUUCCCCCAGCCUCCUCGCCAACGCCCCCUUCCCCUGUCCCCCUCCUGGCGGGCCACUCGGGCCCCCGUCCCCACCCCCGUGGGAACGCUCGCUGCCCGCACUCCUCAGCUGCUCGGCUCGCCGCUGCCUUCACCCUCGGCGCCGGCCGCCCGCCCUGCGGCGGGUCCCGGACGCCGGCCCACCCGGCCACCCGCCACCCCCGGGUCGCGGGGAGGACAUGGCCGCGCACAGGCCGGUGGAAUGGGUCCAGGCCGUGGUCAGCCGCUUCGACGAGCAGUGGAUCCUGGCGGAAUUGUUUCUUCCUCGGGAAUCAGAGCAUCUGAAGAAGAUGUCAAAGUUGGAAGUAUUGGAAGCAAAACUGCCAGUAGGGUUUUAAAGCUUCCAAUAAAAACAGGACAGCAAAACACACAUACCAAAGUCAGCACUGAGCAUAACAAGGAAUGUCUGAUCAACAUUUCCAAAUACAAGUUUUCUUUGGUCAUAAGUGGCCUCACUACCAUCUUAAAGAAUGUUAACAAUAUGAGGAUAUUUGGAGAAGCUGCUGAAAAAAAUUUGUAUCUCUCUCAGUUGAUUAUAUUGGAUACACUGGAAAAAUGCCUUGCAGGGCAACCAAAGGACACAAUGAGAUUAGAUGAAACAAUGCUGGUCAAGCAGUUACUACCAGAAAUCUGCCAUUUUCUUCACACCUGUCGUGAAGGAAACCAACAUGCGGCCGAACUUCGGAAUUCUGCUUCUGGGGUUUUGUUUUCUCUCAGCUGCAACAACUUCAAUGCAGUCUUUAGUCGCAUUUCUACAAGGUUACAGGAGUUGACUGUUUGUUCAGAAGACAAUGUUGAUGUCCAUGAUAUAGAAUUGUUACAGUAUAUUAAUGUGGAUUGUGCAAAAUUAAAACGACUCCUGAAGGAAACUGCAUUAAAAUUUAAAGCCCUGAAGAAGAUCGCACAAUUAGCAGUUAUAAACAGCCUAGAAAAGGCCUUUUGGAACUGGGUAGAAAACUAUCCGGAUGAAUUUACAAAGCUAUACCAAAUUCCGCAGACUGAUAUGGCUGAGUGUGCAGAAAAGCUGUUUGACUUGGUGGAUGGUUUUGCUGAAAGCACCAAACGGAAAGCAGCAGUGUGGCCGCUACAGAUCAUUCUCCUCAUUUUGUGUCCAGAGAUAAUCCAGGACAUAUCCAAGGACGCGGUCGAUGAGAACAACAUGAAUAAGAAGCUAUUUCUGGACAGUUUACGGAAAGCACUUGCUGGCCACGGAGGCAGCAGGCAGCUGACGGAGAGCGCGGCCAUUGCUUGUGUCAAGUUGUGUAAGGCGAGCACUUACAUCAACUGGGAGGACAACUCCGUCAUCUUCCUCCUCGUGCAGUCCAUGGUGGUUGACCUGAAGAACCUGCUUUUUAAUCCAAGUAAACCAUUCUCUAGAGGCAGUCAGCCUGCAGAUGUGGACCUCAUGAUUGACUGUCUUGUCUCUUGCUUUCGGAUAAGCCCUCACAACAACCAGCACUUUAAGAUCUGCCUGGCUCAGAAUUCACCAUCUACAUUUCACUAUGUGUUGGUAAACUCCCUCCACCGCAUCAUCACCAAUAGCACUUUCAAGCAUGGACUUGGCACUGCUUCUGCAUUGGAUUGGUGGCCCAAGAUUGAUGCUGUCUAUUGUCACUCAGUUGAACUUCGAAGUAUGUUUGGUGAAACACUUCAUAAAGCAGUGCAGGGCUGUGGAGCGCACCCAGCAAUACGGAUGGCACCAAGUCUUACAUUUAAAGAAAAGGUAACAAGCCUUAAAUUUAAAGAAAAGCCUACAGAUCUGGAGACAAGGAGCUAUAAGUGCCUUCUUUUGUCCAUGGUGAAACUAAUUCAUGCAGAUCCAAAGCUUUUGCUUUGUAAUCCAAGAAAACAGGGCCCCGAAACUCAAGGCAGUACAGCAGAAUUAAUUACAGGGCUUGUCCAACUGGUCCCUCAGUCACACAUGCCAGAGAUCGCUCAGGAAGCGAUGGAGGCCUUGUUGGUUCUUCAUCAGUUAGAUAGCAUCGAUUUAUGGAACCCAGAUGCUCCUGUAGAGACAUUUUGGGAAAUUAGUUCACAAAUGCUUUUUUACAUCUGCAAGAAAUUAACUAGCCAUCAAAUGCUUAGUAGCACAGAAAUUCUCAAGUGGUUACGGGAAAUUCUGAUCUGCAGGAAUAAAUUUCUUCUUAAAAAUAAGCAGGCGGACAGAAGUUCCUGUCACUUUCUCUUCCUUUGUGGAGUAGGAUGUGAUAUUCCUGCCGGUGGGAAUAGCACUCAGAUGUCAGUGGAUCAUGAUGAGUUACUACGGACCUGUGCUCUUGGAGCAUCUCUGCGGAAAGGAAAAGGGAAUUCCUCCAUGGAUAGCACAGCAGGGUGCAGUGGAACCCCACCCAUAUGCCGACAAGCCCAAACCAAGCUGGAAGUGGCCUUGUACAUGUUUCUGUGGAGUCCUGACACGGAAGCUGUUCUGGUUGCUAUGUCCUGUUUCCGCCACCUCUGUGAGGAAGCAGAUAUCCGGUGUGGGGUGGAUGAAGUGUCAGUACACAACUUCUUGCCCAACUAUAACACAUUCAUGGAAUUUGCCUCUGUCAGCAAUAUGAUGUCAACAGGAAGAGCAGCGCUUCAGAAGAGAGUGAUGGCCCUGCUAAGGCGCAUUGAGCACCCCACUGCAGGAAACACAGAGGCUUGGGAAGACACACAUGCAAAAUGGGAACAGGCUACAAAACUAAUCCUUAACUACCCAAAAACCAAAAUGGAAGAUGGCCAGGCUGCAGAAAGCCUUCAUAAGACCAUUGUUAAGAGGCGGAUGUCCCACGUCAGUGGAGGUGGAUCCAUAGACCUGUCUGACACAGAUUCCCUGCAGGAGUGGAUCAACAUGACCGGCUUCCUUUGUGCCCUUGGUGGGGUGUGCCUGCAACAGAGAAGCAGCUCUGGCUUGGCGACCUACAGCCCACCUAUGGGCCCUGUCAGUGAGCGCAAAGGGUCUAUGAUUUCCAUGAUGUCUUCAGAAGGGAAUGUUGAUACCCCUGUCAGCAGAUUUAUGGACCGGCUUCUGUCCUUGAUGGUGUGUAACCAUGAGAAAGUGGGCCUUCAGAUACGGACCAAUGUUAAAGACCUGGUGGGGCUGGAGCUGAGUCCUGCUCUGUACCCAAUGUUGUUUAACAAACUGAAGAAUACCAUCAGCAAGUUUUUUGACUCUCAAGGACAGGUAUUAUUAACUGAUAGCAAUACUCAGUUUGUAGAGCAAACCAUAGCCAUAAUGAAGAACCUGCUGGAUAAUCAUACCGAAGGCAGCUCUGAGCACCUGGGACAAGCUAGCAUUGAAGCAAUGAUGUUAAACCUGGUCAGAUAUGUUCGUGUGCUUGGGAAUAUGGUCCAUGCAAUUCAAAUAAAAACGAAACUGUGUCAGUUAGUUGAAGUAAUGAUGGCAAGAAGAGAUGACCUCUCAUUUUGUCAGGAGAUGAAAUUUAGGAAUAAGAUGGUAGAAUACCUAACAGACUGGGUUAUGGGAACGUCAAACCAAGCAGCAGAUGAUGAUGUAAAGUGUCUUACAAGGGAUUUGGACCAAGCGAGCAUGGAAGCAGUAGUUUCACUCCUUGCCGGUCUUCCACUACAGCCCGAAGAAGGAGAUGGGGUGGAACUGAUGGAGGCCAAAUCACAGCUAUUUCUUAAGUACUUCACCCUGUUUAUGAACCUUCUGAAUGACUGUAGUGAAGUUGAAGAUGAAAACGCACAGACUGGUGGCAGGAAACGUGGCAUGUCUCGAAGGCUGGCAUCCUUGAGGCACUGUACAGUGCUUGCAAUGUCCAACUUACUCAAUGCUAAUGUGGACAGUGGACUCAUGCACUCCAUAGGCUUAGGUUAUCACAAGGAUCUCCAGACAAGAGCUACAUUUAUGGAAGUUCUGACAAAAAUCCUUCAACAAGGCACAGAGUUCGACACACUUGCAGAAACAGUGUUGGCAGAUCGGUUUGAGAGACUUGUGGAGCUGGUCACAAUGAUGGGGGACCAAGGAGAGCUCCCUAUUGCUAUGGCUCUUGCCAAUGUGGUCCCUUGUUCUCAGUGGGAUGAACUGGCUCGUGUUCUGGUUACUCUGUUUGAUUCUCGGCACUUACUCUACCAGCUGCUCUGGAACAUGUUUUCUAAGGAAGUAGAAUUGGCAGACUCCAUGCAGACUCUUUUCCGAGGCAACAGCUUGGCCAGUAAGAUAAUGACAUUCUGCUUUAAGGUAUAUGGUGCUACUUACCUACAAAAGCUCUUAGAUCCUCUGUUACGAAUUGUGAUCACAUCUUCAGAUUGGCAGCAUGUUAGCUUCGAAGUGGAUCCCACCAGGUUAGAACCUUCUGAGAGCCUUGAGGAAAACCAGAGAAACCUCCUUCAGAUGACAGAGAAGUUCUUCCAUGCCAUCAUCAGUUCCUCCUCAGAAUUCCCCUCUCAGCUUCGAAGUGUCUGCCAUUGCUUAUACCAGGCAACUUGCCACUCCCUACUGAAUAAAGCUACAGUAAAAGAAAAAAAGGAAAACAAAAAAUCAGUGGUUAGCCAGCGUUUCCCUCAGAACAGCAUCGGGGCGGUAGGAAGUGCCAUGUUCCUCAGAUUUAUCAAUCCUGCCAUUGUCUCGCCGUACGAAGCAGGGAUUUUAGAUAAAAAGCCGCCACCUAGAAUCGAGAGGGGCUUGAAGUUAAUGUCAAAGAUACUUCAGAGCAUUGCCAAUCAUGUCUUGUUCACAAAAGAAGAGCAUAUGAGGCCUUUUAAUGAUUUUGUGAAAAGCAACUUUGACUUGGCACGAAGGUUUUUCCUUGAUAUAGCAUCAGAUUGUCCCACAAGUGAUGCUGUAAAUCAUAGUCUUUCCUUCAUCAGUGAUGGCAAUGUGCUUGCUUUACAUCGACUGCUUUGGAACAAUCAGGAGAAAAUUGGCCAGUAUCUUUCCAGCAAUAGGGAUCAUAAAGCUGUUGGAAGACGACCUUUUGAUAAGAUGGCCACACUUCUUGCAUACCUGGGUCCUCCGGAGCACAAGCCUGUGGCAGAUACACACUGGUCCAGCCUUAACCUUACCAGUUCAAAGUUUGAAGAAUUUAUGACCAGGCAUCAGGUACAUGAGAAAGAAGAGUUCAAGGCUUUGAAAACGUUAAGCAUCUUCUACCAAGCUGGCACUUCCAAAGCUGGGAAUCCUAUUUUUUAUUAUGUUGCACGGAGGUUCAAAACUGGCCAAAUCAAUGGUGAUUUGCUGAUAUACCAUGUCUUGCUGACUUUAAAGCCAUAUUAUGCAAAGCCAUAUGAAAUUGUAGUGGACCUUACCCAUACUGGACCUAGCAAUCGCUUUAAAACAGACUUCCUCUCUAAGUGGUUUGUUGUUUUCCCUGGCUUUGCUUACGACAAUGUCUCUGCAGUCUACAUCUAUAACUGUAACUCCUGGGUCAGGGAGUACACCAAGUACCACGAGCGGCUGCUGACUGGCCUCAAGGGCAGCAAACGGCUCAUUUUCAUAGACUGUCCUGGGAAGCUAGCUGAGCACAUAGAGCACGAGCAACAGAAACUCCCUGCUGCCACCUUGGCUCUGGAAGAGGACCUAAAGGUGUUCCACAAUGCUCUCAAGCUAGCUCACAAAGACACCAAAGUCUCUAUUAAGGUUGGUUCUACUGCUGUUCAAGUAACCUCAGCAGAGAGAACAAAAGUUUUGGGGCAGUCCGUCUUUUUAAAUGACAUCUACUAUGCUUCUGAAAUCGAAGAGAUCUGCCUAGUGGAUGAGAACCAGUUCACCUUAACCAUUGCAAACCAAGGCACACCACUUACCUUCAUGCACCAGGAGUGUGAAGCCAUUGUCCAGUCUAUCAUUCAUAUCAGGACCCGCUGGGAGCUCUCACAGCCUGACUCCAUCCCCCAGCAUACCAAGAUUCGACCAAAAGAUGUCCCUGGGACACUGCUUAAUAUUGCAUUACUUAAUUUAGGCAGUUCAGACCCUAGUCUACGGUCUGCUGCCUAUAAUCUUCUGUGUGCCUUAACUUGUACCUUUAAUUUAAAAAUUGAAGGUCAGUUACUAGAGACAUCAGGGUUAUGCAUCCCUGCUAACAACACCCUCUUUAUUGUCUCGAUCAGUAAGACACUUGCAGCCAAUGAGCCACACCUCACCUUAGAGUUUUUGGAAGAGUGUAUUUCUGGAUUUAGCAAAUCUAGUAUUGAAUUGAAGCACCUUUGUUUAGAAUAUAUGACCCCAUGGCUAUCAAAUCUAGUUCGUUUUUGUAAGCAUAAUGAUGAUGCCAAACGACAAAGGGUUACUGCCAUCCUUGAUAAGCUAAUAACAAUGACCAUAAAUGAGAAGCAGAUGUACCCUUCUAUCCAAGCAAAAAUAUGGGGAAGCCUUGGGCAGAUCACAGAUCUGCUGGAUGUUGUGCUUGACAGUUUCAUCAAAACCAGUGCUACAGGAGGGUUAGGGUCUAUCAAAGCUGAGGUGAUGGCAGAUACAGCCGUGGCUUUGGCUUCUGGAAAUGUGAAAUUGGUGUCAAGUAAGGUUAUUGGAAGGAUGUGUAAAAUAAUUGACAAGACUUGCUUAUCUCCAACUCCAACUUUAGAACAACAUCUAAUGUGGGACGAUAUUGCUAUUUUAGCGCGCUACAUGCUGAUGUUGUCCUUCAACAACUCCCUUGAUGUGGCGGCUCAUCUCCCCUAUCUCUUCCACGUUGUUACUUUCUUAGUAGCCACGGGGCCCUUGUCCCUUCGAGCGUCCACACAUGGAUUGGUCAUUAAUAUCAUUCACUCUCUGUGCACUUGUUCGCAGCUGCAUUUUAGUGAAGAGACCAAGCAAGUUUUGAGGCUCAGUCUAACAGAAUUCUCAUUACCCAAAUUUUACUUACUGUUUGGCAUCAGCAAAGUCAAAUCUGCCGCUGUCAUCGCCUUCCGCUCCAGUUACCGGGACCGAUCUUUCUCCCCAGGCUCCUACGAGAGGGAGACUUUUGCUUUGACAUCCCUGGAGACAGUCACAGAGGCUUUGUUAGAGAUCAUGGAGGCAUGCAUGAGAGAUAUUCCAACAUGCAAGUGGCUGGAUCAGUGGACAGAACUAGCACAAAGAUUUGCAUUUCAGUACAACCCAUCCCUGCAGCCAAGAGCUCUUGUGGUGUUUGGCUGUAUUAGCAAACGUGUGUCUCAUGGGCAGAUAAAGCAGAUUAUCCGAAUUCUUAGCAAGGCACUUGAGAGUUGCUUAAAAGGACCUGAUACUUACAACAGUCAAGUUCUGAUAGAAGCUACAGUAAUAGCACUAACAAAAUUACAGCCACUUCUUAAUAAGGACUCCCCACUGCACAAAGCCCUCUUCUGGGUUGCUGUGGCUGUGCUGCAGUUGGAUGAAGUCAACUUGUAUUCAGCAGGCACUGCACUUCUGGAACAAAACCUGCACACCUUAGAUAGUCUCCGGAUAUUCAAUGAUAAGAGUCCGGAAGAAGUCUUUAUGGCGAUCCGCAAUCCUCUGGAGUGGCACUGCAAGCAAAUGGAUCACUUUGUCGGACUCAACUUUAACUCUAACUUUAACUUUGCACUAGUUGGACACCUCUUAAAAGGGUACAGGCAUCCUUCACCUGCCAUUGUUGCAAGAACAGUCAGAAUUUUGCAUACACUACUAACUCUUGUUAACAAACAUAGAAAUUGUGACAAAUUUGAGGUGAAUACACAGAGUGUGGCUUACUUAGCAGCUCUACUCACAGUGUCUGAAGAGGUUCGAAGUCGCUGUAGCCUCAAGCAUAGGAAGUCCCUUCUUCUUACUGAUAUUUCAAUGGAAAAUGUUCCUAUGGAUACAUAUCCUAUUCAUCAUGGUGACCCUAGCUAUAGGACACUAAAGGAGAACCAGCCAUGGUCCUCUCCCAAAGGUUCAGAAGGAUACCUUGCAGCUACCUACCCAUCGGUAGGCCAGACCAGUCCCCGAGCCAGGAAAUCCAUGAGCUUGGACAUGGGGCAGCCUUCUCAAGCCAACACAAAGAAAUUGCUUGGAACAAGAAAAAGUUUUGAUCACUUGAUAUCAGACACAAAGGCUCCUAAAAGACAAGAAAUGGAAUCAGGGAUCACAACACCCCCCAAAAUGAGAAGAGUGGCAGAAACUGAUUAUGAAAUGGAAACCCAAAGGAUUUCCUCACAGCAGCACCCACAUUUACGGAAAGUCUCAGUGUCUGAAUCAAAUGUUCUUCUGGAUGAAGAAGUACUUACUGACCCAAAGAUCCAAGCACUGCUUCUUACUGUUCUGGCUACACUGGUAAAAUACACUACAGAUGAAUUUGAUCAACGAAUUCUUUAUGAAUACCUAGCAGAGGCCAGUGUCGUGUUUCCCAGAGUGUUUCCUGUUGUGCACAAUUUGUUGGACUCUAAGAUCAAUACCCUCUUGUCAUUGUGCCAAGAUCCAAAUUUGUUAAAUCCAAUCCAUGGAAUUGUGCAGAGUGUGGUGUACCAUGAGGAAUCCCCUCCACAGUACCAAACAUCUUACCUGCAAAGUUUUGGUUUCAAUGGCUUAUGGCGGUUUGCAGGACCCUUUUCAAAGCAAACACAAAUCCCAGACUAUGCUGAGCUUAUUGUUAAGUUUCUUGAUGCCUUGAUUGACACGUACUUGCCUGGAAUUGAUGAAGAAGCCAGUGAGGAGUCCCUCCUGACACCCACAUCUCCUUACCCUCCUGCACUGCAGAGCCAGCUUAGUAUCACUGCCAACCUUAACCUCUCUAAUUCCAUGACCUCACUUGCAACUUCCCAGCAUUCCCCAGGAAUCGACAAGGAGAACGUUGAACUCUCCCCCACCACUGGCCACUGUAACAGUGGACGAACUCGCCAUGGAUCCGCAAGCCAAGUGCAGAAGCAAAGAAGCGCUGGCAGUUUCAAACGUAAUAGCAUUAAGAAGAUCGUGUGAAGCUUUCUUUCUUUCCCUUUUCAAACCAACCUAACCUGGGCUUCUCACUAGUGACCCUCCCUAACCUGGCCCCGCCCACACUGCACUGCUGCACUUCGUGUCUUAUGAACCCUCCGGUCUGCCAUGUUGCCAGACGAUCAACUCUUGGAAGCAAUGCCUAAAUUUAAUGCUGCUUUUCUUUAGUGUUUUCCCUCUACUUUGGCAUGUGUCUGGUGUGAGCACUUGUUCUGACGCUGCGAAGAAAGCAGGCGGUCAGGAAGCGAGCGGAGAGCGUGGAUUGUGGGAGCGGAUGAGUCCUCCAGUGCUGCUGCCGCCAGCUGUGGGCCAUGCAUGGAGGUUGGCCUUCUUUGUUCCCUUGUCUCGCAGAGUGAAGUGGUUGUCUUAGUUACACGCUUUCCAAGUUUGGGGAGAAAGAAUCUUUUAACCCCAGUGUAUUUAAUAAUCUAGCUGUGGACUUUUUUUUACCUUAUGAAGUUGAAGGAACCAUAGAGGUCAAGCCUCAUUGAAUUUACACCAUAAAGCCACAAGCCAGGUACUUGGGGGAGGGGAUAAACUAGGAUUUUGUAAUGGAUUCUUAAGAAAUACUAACAUUUGAGUAUUAGCAAUAAUUACAGGAAAGUAAGCAUGACUACAUACAUCUUAACAUGCUGAAUUAAAGCUAUCGGUUCUGAGGCCUUAUUCAUACUUGGUCAUCCAAACUAGGUAAUUUUUUUUCCUAUUGAUUAUCUUUUAAUCUUUACAUAUGAAGGUGUUCUGUUCUUUUUUUUUUUUUUUUUUUUUUUUGUAAGUCGAGACUAUACCAAGUAUAGUAAGGACACUUGUUUUUGCACUUGCUUUCUCCUCCUCUCUCCUGAGCGACUCUGAGCAGGGUAAUUAGCAGACAGAGUGUGGAGACCUGCUUCCAGAAGCUGGUUUUCAUAGCUCUUUCCAUUAGCUCCAAAGCAAAAUGCAAUGGUACGUGACUUAGGGUAGCUGAUAUUCUUAUUUUGUUAAAUAAUUUUCCAAGAAACAGAAUAUGCUGUAUAUUAUCAUAAAUUUCUUUGAUAAGAUGUAUUUUUUAAAUCUUUUAAUCUUCCUUCUCUCCUCCAAAUAAAAUCAGGAAUCUCUAGCAAAACAUUUGGAUUCUAUCUGAUAGGAUUGCAUUAAUCACUGUGAAGUCUGGUCAGCCUGCAUGGUGUGCGAUAAGGGCCUCUAGAAUUGCUGCUCUGCAGAAUGGCACGGAUUGGUGUGCCAUAGGCCCUUCCAGGUGACGCACAGCCAGCUGCUUCCUGGCACCUGCAGUAUGCAAAGCAAGUGAUCUAGUGAGCGCAGUAGGAUGGGGGUGCUCUCAUUUAGGAUUGAACUAUAUUUAUUUUUCAAAGGUAUUGUCCCUCUACUCCCAGGUUCCCUUCAGAUAUUAAGAUAUAAUGGCUUUGGGAGGAACAAAAAGAAACGGGGGGGGGGGGGGGUCCUGUAGUGCUAGCUCACUAGUGGAUUUCAGUAAAUUAAACUCCACAGCUAAGUCAAUAAAUAAUGGUACAUUUAAGUGUUCUGACUUUAAUAAUAUAACACAUUUCACACUUAUCCAUACAGUAACAAUGUAAUAUGUUAAUGUAAAUAAAAUUGCUUUUGAUAUUCAGAAAUAACAAGAAUUUAAUUUUUUUAAUUUGUUUACAGUCCUGGGAUAAGUAAGAACCAUUUGCCAAAAUAAAAGGAAAAACCCCUAGUAUUAGUAGUGAUUUUUACAUAGACGCAUUGGAAAACAUUGAAGACAGAGGCAGCGAACUGAGCGUUUGUUUCCAGCUGUUGUAAAGGCUCCAUCAGAAACCUGUGGAGCAGAGGAGCCAGGCUGCCAGGGCCUGUCUUCUCCCCCAGCAAGCUCUGGGGGCACACCCCCAAAGCUCCGGGUCUGCAGCCAGCCAUAGGCAGGGGGAGGCUUUUCCCGCAACUUCAUUGCUCACUUUUCCUCUAAAGAGACUGGUGCAUCAGAAGGCGGCCAUUACUGCUCCCUCACCUCUCAAACACAGGAAAACUUGUAAAUGUGGCGCUCUUUCUCUAAGGAGUUUCCCAUAGUACCAUGCAUG